AAAGCACGCUGGGGCUUGUUGUCCUUGUGGUGCCCUUCCCUAGGUCCUCCGCGCUACUCUGUUCAGACCCGCCUAUUUUCUGUUGCCCCGAACGUUUAGCCUUGUCUUGGCCCUUUUGAAGACCAGGAAGUUGAUAAAUCGCGGGGCCAGCAGCUGAAAGACGGUGGCUCGGGUGGGACAGUCGCCAGGGAUGGCGGAGCGCGAGGAUGGAGCGAGUGUCUGGGCUGCUCUCCUGGACGCUGAGCAGAGUCCUGUGGCUCUCGGGCCUCUUUGAGCGGGGAGCUGCCCGGCAGCCCCGGAUCAUGGAAGAGAAAGCGCUAGAGGUUUAUGAUUUGAUUCGAACUAUCCGGGACCCAGAGAAGCCCAAUACUUUGGAAGAACUGGAAGUGGUAACGGAAAGUUGUGUGGAAGUUCAGGAGAUAAAUGAGGAGGACUAUUUGGUUAUUAUCAGGUUCACGCCAACAGUACCUCAUUGCUCUUUGGCGACUCUUAUUGGAUUGUGCUUAAGAGUAAAACUUCAGCGGUGUUUACCAUUUAAACAUAAGUUGGAAAUCUACAUUUCUGAAGGAACCCACUCAACAGAGGAGGACAUCAACAAGCAGAUAAAUGACAAAGAACGAGUGGCAGCUGCAAUGGAGAACCCCAACCUACGGGAAAUUGUGGAACAGUGUGUUCUUGAACCUGACUAAUAGCUGUUUUAAGAGCCAUUGAACUUUGUUUGAUAUGUUUGUUUAAAACUCUUUGUAAAAUGUAAAAGACUCAUGUCUAAUACAUAGGUGAUUUAUACCUCAAAGCAUUUUUUAAAGGAUGCAAGAUUUAAUAUAAGGUAGUACCUAGUUUGUUCAGUGUAUAACAUUCUCAGGAUUUGUAACACUUAAAUGAUGAGACAAAAAUAUUUUCUAGUUAUUAUAUGUAAAACAAGUUGCUAUUUUUCUGAUGCCCAUUCUGAUACAACUGCUUUUCAUGUCAAAUAUUUACUGUGCCCAAAUGCAUUCAAUUUAAAUCUGUAAAAUAAAACAGAAGUGAUUCUUGUAAUGACAUACCUUAGAAUUUUUUUUUUUUUAGUCCAUACCCAAGGACAUGCUUAUUGAUUUAGAGGGGAAGGGAGGGAGAGAGAGAGGGAGAGAAACAUCCAUGUGAGAGAGAAACAUCAAUCUAUUGCCCCUUGUAGGUGACCAGGGACCAAACCUGCAACCUAGGCAUGUGUCCUGACCAGGUACACGCUCCAACCAACUGAACUGCACUGCCCAGGGCCAUCUUAGAAUGUUUUAUUGAAUUGUAAACUCAAUGUAAAUGUUGACUGUAAGAUAUUUACAAAGCUUUAGUUUGUAGUUAUUAUGUGGAACAAGGGAUCUGAGAACCAAAAAGGAACCUUAAGAUCAGGCGGAGGCCCUGCCCCGCUUCAAGGAGAGUCCUGGACCCACUCAUAGAUGAGGAACAAACGUGGAGAGGGCCCGACGGCAAACAUAAUUUUGAAGAUGUAGAAUUUCCCAAAGCAGUUUUAAUUAAAACAACCUAUAUUUAUAGUCUUGUUAACUUACUUUGUUCAGUUUGUUUUAGGGGAUAAUGGUCACUUUAAGUAACAGGGUGUGGUAAUUAGCCUCCAUGAUGGCCCCCAAUGGUCCUUGAUUGCUGGUAUUCUUGCCCUUGUGUAGUUUCCCUCCGUAUUGAAUCAGAACUGGUCAAUGUGACUAAAUAAAGAAUCGGAGGUGACAGUAUGUGACUUCUGAGGCUGGAUCAUAAAAGAUGUUGCUGCUUUCACCUUGACCUCUUGGGUUGCUCGUUCCACGGGAAUGCAGCCGCCAGGUCAUGAGAACGCUGGUGCAGCCCUGUGCAGAAUUCCAGUGGAGAGGCAUUGAGUCCUGUAACUAACAACCAGCACCAACCUACAAAUCAUGUGAGUGACCCAUGUUGGGAGCAAUCUUCCAGCCAUCAGCAGGCCGAUAUCUUGACUGGAGCCUCACGAAACCCUGGGCUGGAACUGCCUAGCUAAGCCACUCCUGAAUUCCUGACCCAGAGAAGCUGUGAACAGUAAUAAAUGUUUAUUUAUGCCACCAAGUUUUGGGGUAAUUUGUUAUGCAGCAAUAAGUAACUAACAUACAGCCUAUUAGAAUGGAACUCUUCUCCCUCAAUUUUAAUUGAGGGUACUAAAGGGGAAACAGGAGAGCUUGUUUCAUGGCUCUUGAGUCCCUUUAUCUACUUCAAGAAUGAAAGUUUUGAGAGAACAGAGGAUUUGGUAAGAAGAUUGAUGAAGAGAUUUCUUUGGAUAAACCUGUUGGCUGUGCUGAGUUCCAAUCUCCAUUUUGGCAGAAGGGUAGGGAAGUGACUCCUUUUACCACCACAGGCUGAGGAGGAAUUCAAGGGGACAACUCAGAGUUUGGAAAUGUGUUCUCUGCAAUUAGGUUACCCAGAAAACUGGAGCCUGACUUGGGACUGAGAAAGAAAGCAAAAGUGGGCUAAGGCUGGCAUGCCUCUCCUGCCUAGGAAAUCUAUGGGGUGAGAAAAAGGCAAAGCCAACUAUUUUGCGGAUAGUUCUUUCUCGUGGCCAGGGGUGCAUGCAUUCUUCCUGUGGACCAUGCUGUGGGGUCAUACCUGAUAUUGUCCAACAGGCUGUCAGCAGAGCUGAGGAGACCUCAGCAGAAAGGUUCUUGAAUGUACUGCCUGCUGCCCAAGGGCUGACGACAAGACAGUGAGUGAACAGCUAGGGUGUUGAUGCAUCUGCCAGGGUCAAGGGAGCGCAGUAGGAACUUCUGGUAAGAUCAUGAAAGUGUGAACCCAAGAAAAAGCCAGCUCCCACUGCCAUGCAGGCCCAGAGAGCACAGAGCCAACCAGGUAAGUAAGAACUGCUUACUCCCUAGUGUUCCUCGCUCAGCUUCCGAGGCAGUGGUAGAACUGCUAGCACUGAAAAAGAGGAAAGAAGAGAGCAAAGGGCUCCAUCCCAUUGCUCUGUGAUAUGUUUCAGGCCUGAAGCCAGCUCACAUUAGCAAAGGAGUUCAUGCCAAGUUUGUAGUUUUGACAAUUAGAUGUGACUAGAUACUCUAUUUUUUUAAAAAAGAUUUUAUUUUCUAGAGAGAAGGGAAGGGAGAUAUAUCCAUUGGUUACCUCACACACCCCCAGCUGGGAACCUGGCUCACAACCCAGGCAUGUGCCCUGACCGGGAAUUGAACUGGUGACCUUUUGGUUCACAAGCUGGCGCUCAGUCCACUGAGCCACACCAGCCAGGGCUAGACUGGAUACUUUAUUGCAAUGAAAUCAUAUGGUUAAAUGUGACAGGAAGACUGACACAUCAUGUGUCUGCCUAAAUCUUCACCCCUUGACAGAGGAAGAUCAUAACAAAGUUUCAAAUGAUAGUAGGGGACAAAAAUAAAACUAAUUCUUACACCACACACAGGUAAUGGAAGUCCUCUUAAGCCGUCUCGGCUUCUGUUAAGGCUCUGCCCUGUGGGGAUGUCUUCGCACAGCUUUAUCCCUGAGUUCUCCCUCUCUUUUGAGAUUGUUAAAAAUGCUGCUGUCAGAGAAGCCACAGGCAUUAUC